ACGGAGAUUUGGGGUUCGCCCUGUAACACAAUUACAACAACUUUGUGCUGGUGCUGGCGAAGUUUGUGAUUCUAGGAAAUCCUCCUAGUGCUGCGAGCUUCCGCCUCUUCUGCUGUCCCCGCCUACUCCGCGAUGUGAUCCAGUAGCCGAGCCCCGCAGCCCGUGCUGUUUCUGCCACCACCUUGGGAUUUUUUUCAUCGCCGUCAUCCGAGGUAGGGGAGGCAACGGCGAUAAAGUGCUAUUUUCACGCGGCACAUCUUUUCGAGCUCUGGACUAGAGGUUGGUGGACUUGUGGGUUUCGGCGUUGGACUUUAAAUUUGUUGUGUUCUAAUGAAAUCCUGCGGAGUAUCGCUCGCUACCGCCGCCACUGCUUUCGGUGAUGAGGAAAAGAAAAUGGCGGCGGGAAAAGAGAGCGGCGAGAGCAAGGAGGGGUCCUGUAGCUUGACAGCCGAAGAGAGGGAGGCACUCGGCGGAUUGGACAGCCGUCUCUUUGGGUUCGUGAGGCUCCACGAAAAUGGCGCCAGGACUAAGACCCUCUUGGGGAAGGCUGUUCGCUGCUACGAAUCUUUAAUCUUAAAAGCUGAAGGAAAAGUGGAGUCUGAUUUCUUUUGUCAAUUAGGUCACUUCAACCUCUUAUUGGAAGAUUAUCCAAAAGCAUUAUCUGCAUAUCAGAAAUACUACAGUUUACAGACUGACUACUGGAAGAAUGCUGCCUUUUUAUACGGCCUUGGUUUGGUUUACUUCUACUACAAUGCAUUUCACUGGGCAAUUAAAGCAUUUCAAGAGGUGCUUUAUGUUGAUCCCAGCUUUUGUCGAGCCAAGGAAAUUCAUUUGCGACUUGGGCUUAUGUUCAAAGUGAACACAGACUAUGAAUCUAGUUUAAAGCAUUUUCAGUUAGCUUUGAUUGACUGUAAUCCCUGUACUUUGUCCAGUGUUGAAAUUCAAUUUCAUAUUGCCCACUUGUAUGAAACCCAGAGGAAAUACCAUUCUGCAAAGGAAGCCUAUGAACAACUGUUGCAGACAGAAAACCUACCAGCACAAGUAAAAGCAAUUGUUUUACAACAGUUAGGAUGGAUGCAUCAUAAUGUGGAUCUGCUGGGAGACAAAGCCACCAAGGAAAGCUAUGCUAUUCAGUGUCUCCAAAAGUCUUUGGAGGCAGAUCCUAAUUCUGGCCAGUCUUGGUAUUUUCUUGGGAGGUGUUACUCAAGUAUUGGGAAAGUUCAGGAUGCCUUUAUAUCUUACAGGCAAUCUAUUGAUAAAUCAGAAGCCAGUGCAGACACAUGGUGUUCAAUAGGCGUGCUGUAUCAGCAGCAAAAUCAACCUAUGGAUGCUCUACAGGCCUAUAUUUGUGCCGUACAAUUGGAUCAUGGGCAUGCAGCAGCCUGGAUGGACCUAGGUACUCUCUAUGAAUCCUGCAACCAACCUCAGGAUGCCAUUAAAUGCUACUUAAAUGCAACUAGAAGCAAAAGUUGUAAUAAUACCUCUACACUUGUGGGAAGAAUUAAAUUUUUACAGGCUCAGUUGUGUAACCUUCCACAAGGUAGUCUACAGAAUAAAACUAAAUUACUUCCUAGUAUUGAGGAGGCGUGGAGCCUACCAAUACCCGCAGAGCUUACCUCCAGGCAGGGUGCCAUGAACACAGCACAGCAGGCUUACAAAGGUCAUCAUCCAAAUACUGAACCUGUAUUAGGCCUCAGUCAAAUACCACUUUCACAGCAGUCCUUGCCAGUACAUAUGAUUACUUCCAGCCAAGUAGAUGGCUCAUCCAGCCCUGCCAAGAAGAAAAGAACAUCUAGUCCAACAAAGAAUAGUUCUGAGAACUGGAAUAGAACUGUUUCACAUACUCCAGUACCACAGCAAGUUCAUUCAUUGUAUUUGACACCACAGAAAUUACAGCACUUGGAACAGCUGCGGGCAAAUAGAGAUAAUUUAAAUGCAGCACAGAAACUGAUGCUGGAACAGUUGGAAAAUCAGUUUGUCUUAAUACAAAUGGGACAGACAGGACAAACUACUGGAAUUCCUAAUGGGCCAAUAGCUAACUCAUCACUGCCUACAAACUUUAUGUGUAGCCAGCAACCACAUUCUACUCUGCCUAGACAAUCUAGUGUCUCUCAGCCUGAAGUUCGCUCUGCUUGUUUUGAAAAGCCUUUGUCCAAUGGACCAUUUGCUGGAGGCUGUGCUCCUUUUGGCACAUCAAAAUCACUAGGGAGUACAGACAAUAUUUUGGUAGGCAAUAAUUAUGUAACAGGAAGUGGAAGUAAUGGAAAUGUGCCUUACCUGCAGCAAAACACACUCAUACUACCUCAUACCUGCACAAACCUGACCAGCAGCACAGAAGAGCCAUGGAGAAAACAGCUGUCUGACUCCACUCAGGGGCUUCACAAAGGUCAGAGUUCACAUUUGGCAGGAUCUCAUGAUGAACAACCUCCUUUUCACACUGGGCCUGCCCAGUAUCUCCAGGCAGCUAGCACUGCUAUUCAGAAACAGACUGGACAUCAAACUCUGCCUAGCAAUUCAGUAACACAGGGAGCUGCUCUCAAUCACCUCUCCUCUCAUAUUGCUACCUCAGGUGGACAACAAGGCAUUACCUUUACCAAAGAGAGCAAACCUUCAGGAAAUCGAUCUUUGGUGCCUGAAACAAGCAGGCAAUUUGGAGACACACCUAAUGGCUGUGCUGGUGUCAAAGGACUUUCUAAUCAUGUUCAGCAGUUGAUGGCAGAGCCUGUUUGCAAUCCUAACAAUGGAGAUUCCCUAUCACCAAAUGUACAAAUUUCAGAUAAUCCUCAGAUGUCUGCCUUGUUGAUUGGAAAAGCCAGUGACAGUGAGGGGACUGGAGCCUGUGACAAAGUUAAUAAUUUUCACCCCACUGUUGAUACAAAGAAUAGUAAUUCUGUUGUCUCGUCACCCUCUUCAGUCAUUUCUACUGCAACUCCUUCUCCAAAAUCCGUUGAACAGACAACUACACACAUUGUUCCCAGCCUUAACAGUCCUCACAGGUCAAAUACACUUAAUGGAGAAGGGCUAGAGAACUCACAGAGCUCUGUAAAAACAGACCUGCCUAUAAUUAGCCAAAAACCUGGUCCUCAUGUUAUACCAUCAAUGUCUGUGUCCAUAUAUUCCAGUUCCUCAGAAGUUCUGAAGGCAUGCAGGAAUCUAGGUAAAAAUGGAUUGUCUAAUAGUCAUAUUUUGUUGGAUAAAUGUCCGCCUCCAAGACCACCAACUUCACCAUAUCCUCCCUUGCCAAAAGACAAGUUGAAUCCACCCACACCUAGUAUUUAUUUGGAAAACAAGCGUGAUGCUUUCUUUCCUCCAUUACAUCAGUUUUGUACAAAUCCCAAAAACCCUGUUACAGUAAUACGUGGCCUUGCUGGAGCUCUUAAAUUAGAUCUUGGACUUUUCUCUACCAAAACUUUGGUAGAAGCUAACAAUGAGCAUACUGUGGAAGUGAGAACACAGUUGUUGCAACCGGCAGAUGAAAACUGGGAUCCUACUGGAACCAAGAAAAUCUGGCGUUGUGAAAGUAAUAGAUCUCAUACUACAAUUGCAAAGUAUGCACAAUACCAAGCCUCCUCCUUCCAAGAAUCAUUGAGAGAAGAAAAUGAAAAAAGAAUGCAACAUAAAGAUUAUUCAGAUACUGAAUCCGUAUCUUCAGAUUCUUCUGGAAGAAGAAGGAAAGGACCUUUUAAAACCAUAAAAUUUGGAACCAAUAUUGACCUCUCCGAUGACAAAAAGUGGAAAUUGCAGCUACAUGAGCUAACUAAACUUCCUGCUUUUGUGCGUGUGGUAUCAGCAGGAAACCUUCUAAGCCACCUUGGUCAUACUGUGCUGGGCAUGAAUACAGUUCAGCUAUACAUGAAAGUUCCAGGGAGUCGAACACCAGGUCACCAAGAGAAUAACAACUUCUGUUCUGUUAAUAUAAAUAUUGGUCCAGGUGAUUGUGAAUGGUUUGUUGUUCCUGAAGAUUAUUGGGGUGUUCUCAAUGACUUUUGUGAAAAAAAUAAUUUGAAUUUUCUUAUGAGUUCUUGGUGGCCGAACCUUGAAGAUCUUUAUGAAGCAAAUGUGCCUGUUUACAGGUUUAUUCAAAGACCUGGAGAUUUGGUCUGGAUAAAUGCAGGCACUGUUCAUUGGGUUCAGGCUGUUGGUUGGUGCAACAAUAUUGCCUGGAAUGUUGGUCCACUUACAGCCUGCCAGUAUAAAUUGGCAGUGGAACGAUAUGAAUGGAAUAAAUUGCAAAGUGUGAAGUCAGUAGUACCCAUGGUGCAUCUUUCUUGGAAUAUGGCACGGAAUAUCAAAGUCUCAGAUCCUAAACUUUUUGAAAUGAUUAAGUAUUGUCUUCUGAAAAUUCUAAAACAAUGUCAGACAUUGAGAGAAGCUCUUAUUACUGCAGGAAAAGAGGUUAUAUGGCAUGGACGGACAAAUGAUGAACCAGCACAUUAUUGUAGCAUUUGUGAGGUGGAAGUUUUUGAUCUCCUUUUUGUCACUAAUGAAAGCAACUCUCAAAAGACUUACAUAGUACAUUGCCAAGACUGUGCACGAAAAACAAGUGGAACUCUGGACAAUUUUGUGGUGCUAGAGCAGUACAAAAUGGAGGACCUGAUACAAGUCUAUGACCAGUUUACAUUAGUAAGUGAAUUCAACAUGCUCCUUCGUUGUCAUCAUCCUCCUGAUAAUUGUCCCAUGAAUAUUAAAUGACACCUUUUCUACUCUUCAGGAAAGGUCUGCACCACUGGUUUUGUAGCUGUUUUCAUAAGACUGCUGACUAAAAGCUAUGUCUAUGCAACCUUCCAAGAAUAGAGUAUCAACCAUCUGGAUAUAGGAGAGCACCGCCUAUAUCCCACUAUAAUUAAUUAUCAAAUGUAUUAUGAUACCUGACGAGAAUUGGCAAUGUCAGACUACUGACUUGAAGAUAACCUUUUUCUGUGUUUCUGUAUUUCUGAACUGCUAACUUAGUUUUCUCAUUUAUUUUGCCCUUUGAGAAUUUUCCUGAAAGAAAAAUACUGUUCUAGCUCACUAUUUGGUAAGAUAGUUAACAAAUUCAAAUCUUUAAUCAACUUUUUUUUUAAUGUGAAAUAUUAGAAGAGAAGGUUUUUUGGGUUUGUUUUUUGGAAUUUUUGUUUUUUACCAUUUUAUUUUUUUCUCUAUUGUUUGAGGCCAGAGUGAUUACACUUCUGGUUCUAACAUAAAACUUUAAGAAAAGACUUACUAUCUGAUAGCCAAGACACAAAGAUAAUGGAUUGCACAUAGACUAAGGAGUAAACUUCAGAUUUGUGACUUUUGUUUCUAAUCUUGAUACAGAUUUACACUAUUUAUGAAUACAUAUUUAUUGCUUGAAAAUAUUUGUGAAUGGAAUGUUGUUAUUUUACCUGAGAUUUACCUGCCAUUAAUAUUAAGGGGUUCUGUAAUUUUAGGCACUACUCCUUUUACAUUUUCUAUGUGUAAAUACAACUACUUAGCAUUGUACAGAAACUUUUAUUAAAAUUGUUUAAUGUUUAAAGGGUUUUCCACUGUUUGAGUUUUAAAAAAGACUUUGUGUAAAGUCAUAGCCUAUGUUCAUUUUCAGAUCUGAUUAUAUGUAUUUUAUAUAUACAUAUAUAUUCACACAUAUGUAUAACAUAUAGAAAUAAAAAUAUAUAAUUGUAUAAAGAUAGAUUUAAAAAUUUUCACAUCUGUGAUAGUUUUUGAGGUGCCUACUGUAAAGUAUUGCUUACAAAAAUAUGUUUAUUUUUAAAGUAAAAGACUUUCAGUCUGGUUUAGUAAAUUACAGUUAAGCCAAUAAUAGCUGGCAAAAUGUAUAUUAGAAAAGAAAAGGAUUUGGGGUUUUAAAAGGAACAUUAUAGAAAUUUGUUAAAUCUUACUUAUCACUUUGUUAUAGAAAAGAGAUUCAGAAUGAGGAGGAUGGCUUCUGCUUUAAAGGACACAUAUGUUAAAUUAAUUAUUUUUUAAAGUUAGGUAACUUCAAAAUUCUGUGCUGUUUGUUGAAUAUGUCUGAAGAAGGAAGGAGGGGAAAUGUUAAAAUUCUGUAACACUAGUAAAUGUUAAAUUCUAUAAAGGCUUUUAUUUUAUCUGAACAAAUGACUUGUACUAACCUUAGUAUCUCAUUUUAUAGUAAUACCUGGUUUCUUCUCCUGUUUUCUGAAAAAUUUGGCUUAUGUUCUCAUUUUUAACACAGUAUAUACUAAGAGUUUUCAAAGGUGCUUUGGUGGAGUUGUAUAAAUGAAGUUAUGCAAAUGUCUAAAGAGAAUUUAUAAUCUUACCUGCUGAAAUGCCUUGAUGAUUGUAUUAAUGGAAUACCUUUUUUCCAAUUUUCAAGUAUUCUGGCUUCCUAGAAAUAGUUCAAAGAAAAACUUGGAAUAUUUUAUUAAGCUGGGUAAUAAUUUUUCAAGUUUUAAAAUAUUUUUAAAAGUUAUUUUUUUUUUGAGACAGUGUGCACAUGUGCAUGUGUGAGCAGGGUGGAUCAGACGGAGAGAAAGAGAAUCCUAAGCAGGCUCCACAUUAGGUACAGAGCCCAACACAAGGCUCGAUCCCAUGACUAUGAGAUCAUAACCUGAGCCGAGUGAGAUGCACCCCUAAAAUCUUUAUUUAUUUAUUUAUUUUUAACAGAGAGAAAGCACAAGUGAGCAGGGAAAGAAAGCAAGGGAGAGGGAGAAUGCCAGGCAGGUUCUGUACUGUCAGUGUAGAGCCCCAUCUCACAAACCAAACUGUGACCUGAGCUGAAAUCAAGAGUCUGACAUUUAACCAGUUGAGCCACCCAGUUGCCGCCUCAGGAUUUAAAAUCUUAACAGCAUUUGUCAUGUGUAAAUAAUUUCAGAGGAAAAUAAUUACAGUUAUUUUUUAAUUAAGUACUACAUGCUGCUCAGAUAUUUUAUCUGCUAUUAUUUUUGUGAUUCUCUUGUAAAUGCUCUUAUCCAGCAGGCAUUAAUAAUAAGAGUCUAAGACAUAACAUUUUUCCUUCUAAACAAGAGUUACAAAAUCAACCAUCAGGAAACAAUGAUUAUAAGGUACUAGUACCAUAAGUGAAUUUUUCAUAACCAUUUCUUUUUUGUAUUAGUUACAAAACAUUAUCUCCUCUCUUUUUGAGAUACUGCCCAAAUUAAGGUAAAUUGAAUUUGUUGAAUUGACCUAGAUAUGAAAAUGACUUAAUUGUGUUUCUUCAUAAAUUAUAUGUGUACUAUAUGUUAAGAAUUCUACUUUGCAGAAGUUCAGUCUUUUUUUUUUCUUUUUAACUUUUUAAAUGUGUAUUUAUGUUUGAGAGAGAGACAGUGUGAGUACAGAAGGUGCAGAGAAAGAAGGGGAGGAACAGAAUCCGAAACAGGCUCCAGGCUCUGAGCUGUCAGCACAGAGCCCGAUGCAGGGCUCAAACUCACAGGCUAUGAGAUCAUGACCUGAGCUGAAGUCAGACACAACCAAUUUGAGCCACACAUGCUCCUCUCAAUUAAAGAAAUUUUUAUCAUGGCACACAUAUUAUUGAGAAAAAGACUCUAGUCCACAAAUUAUACGAAAUACCAGAUAUUAAUCCAGAAAGAGUGAACUUGGUCAUAAUCCUUCUGUUACAGUUUAAGUAGGUUUUCUUUGUGGCAUAUAAUUUACCAAUUUGCAUUUGUGCCAUGAAUAUGCAAUUUAACUUGCUUAAUCUAUUAUAUACCAAAAUCCUAACUUCUACAUUAUCCAAAGAAAUAAAUUGAAAAUUAGGACCUCUGUAUAUGUAUGUCAGUCAUACUCAAAGUAGGCUGGAGCUAAAAAGCCAGCAAACCAGAAAAGGACAUUACAAGGAAGUGAAAGUAGAGCAAAGAAGAAAGCUGAGACAAGGAGGUAAUGUUGGUUACAUAAAAAGCUUUUGGAAAAACCUGUGUCAUGAAUCUUGAAAAGAUAAUAAACCAAAACAGUGUUAGUACAACAAGUGACAUUAGACUGAGCAGCUUUAGUAAAGUAAUGGGAGUAAAGAUGGAUUGCUGUGUAAGGGUAAGAUUAUGAUUGUAAGAUUCAGGUUGCAUCCAGAAACCCCCCAGAUAGGAAAUUACUGUUGUUCAGUUUAUACAAGACAGAUUGCUAAUUUCAUUUAUUUUAUUUCUUUAUUAUUAUUAAGGGUUUUUUUGCUUGUUUGUUUGUUAUCUGUGUACCCACAUGGGGCUUGAACUCAUGACCCUGAGAUAAAAAUUUGUAUGCUUUUCAAUUGAGCUAGCAAGGCACCCCCCAGGUUACCAUCUUUAAGCAACAUUUUUGUACCUGUUGACCUAGAGCGGUUUAUACUAUUGUUCUGUUUCAAUAUUUGAAACACCCAGAUAAUGUUUUGCUUUGGAAGUAAGCACUGCAUGCCUGUUUGUUUUUAGUAUGACAUAAUUAUACCAUACUAUCAUGCACUAAUUCUAUUUUAAUUAUUUUGACUGUUUUAAUUCUCACAGUGAUCCUUUGAGGAAGGCAUUCAUUUAUCUUUACCCUACAGGUAAGGGGACAAGGGAUGAAAAGAUAAAGGUUUAAAUUCUGUCUGUAAUGACUCCAGAUUUAAGUGCUUAUUCAGUCCCACAACAGGAAAGUUGGAAUUGUAAAAUGCUUACAAAUCUUUGUGUUAGAGGAAUCUUUUCAUUAUACUAUCUUUGAAUUUGAUAGCCUGCAGACCGGCCAUGUAUGUUUUGUUUCUUAAUUCCAUAUUUAUUUUCCCAUAACUGUGCAUUCACAUGUAAUGGCAAAGAACUAAUACAGUGGUCUUGUAUACAUUUUAGUCACUUUCCCCAAAGGCACCAUACUGCAAAACUAUAGUAUAGUAUCUUAGCCAAGAUAUGGACAUUGAUAUAGUCAGUGUACAGAAUUUUGCUUUUCACCACUUGGAUCCCUCAUGUUGUCUUCUAAUAUUCAGACCCACUGCCAUUUCUUGCCUUUACCUGUCCUUGAACAUGGCAACAUCGUUACAUUCUUUCUCUAAGGUAGCCAUUUCAAGAAUUUUCUAAAGGGAACCAUAAAGCAUGUCACUUUUUUCGAUAAGGGCUUCUUUACACAUAGUAUAAUCCGUGGAGAUGUCUCAAUUGUUUUAAGUAUCAGCUUUCUGAUUUUAUUGCUGAGUAGCAGUCAUGGUAUGGAUAUACCACAAUUUAUGUAGCCUUUCAUUCACUGAAGAACAUCCCUUUGGCUUUUUGCGUUAUAUUCUUUAUGUAUAUGAGAGGUUUUUGGGUGGAUAGAGAUUUUAUGUGGGACAAAUGGCUAAGAGGACAGCUGCUAGGUUGCACAUACAGUUUAAACAUUUUUUUCUAGAGUGAUUUUACCAUUUUACACUCCUUUAAAUUUUGAGGAAUUUUUUUCAAGUAAUGAAAAUUUCUCAUAUUUUUCAUUAUCCUGUUAUUGGUACAGGAUCUGUAGUGCUGUCUUAUCCUAAUUCUGAGUAGCGUUUGUGAUUUUGCACAUACUUGCCAGCCUUGUUAGAUGUUUACCAAUAUUUCCUUCUUUGUUUUGAAGAACCAGAAUUUUGUUUUACUGAUUUCUUCUGUUUUGCCCAUUUUGUUGAUUUCUCUUUGUUGUUAACUAUAUCCUACGCAUUACUUUGGGUUUGCUUUAAUGUGUUUGGUUUUGUAAAGGUAGGAACUUAUGUUUUAGAAGUCGUCUUUUACUAUAAUCAGUACAAUAAAUUCUUUUUUCAGUGCUUUA